AUGACCCCCAAGAACGUAGACUACUCGCUAUACCUCGUCACGGACUCAACACCCACCAUCCUUGGCGAAAAAGAUCUGGUAGAAGUAGUGAAAGCAGCUGUUGGCGGCGGCGUGACCAUCGUCCAGCUACGCGACAAGAACUCCGAGACAGCCGAGCUCGUGCGGAUCGCAAAGGACCUUCAUGCCGUGACCAAGCCUGCGGGAGUUCCGCUCUUGAUCAACGACCGCGUGGAUGUGGCUCUAGCUGCUGGCGUGGAAGGCGUCCAUGUUGGCCAGGAUGACCUGGACCUCAAAUCUGCUCGACACAUUCUCGGACCUGAUGCUAUCAUAGGUGUGACUGCCAACAGCCUGGAAGAAGCACUGACGGCAGCCCGAGAUGGUGCAGACUACCUUGGCAUCGGUACUGUAUAUGCCACCCCUACAAAGGAGAAUACCAAGAGUAUCAUUGGCACCAGUGGUGUUCAGACCAUCCUGGCCAAGCUGUCUGAGGAAGGGCUGGGCAAUGUCAAGACAGUGGCUAUCGGCGGUAUCAAUGCCAGCAACGCCCAACGCAUCCUCUACCAAUCUGCUUCGCCUGCCAAGAAGCUAGAUGGUAUCGCCGUAGUCUCCGCAAUCGUAGCAGCAGACGACGCAAAGAGCGCAGGCUCGGAUCUCCGCCGCCUCGUCAAAGAACCACCAGCCUUCGCCGGCACGACCGCCAAAACAAACUUAUCACCCUCAGACAUCAUUGCCCGCGCUCCAAACACCAUCAAACGCAUGGCAGAACGUAAGCCACUCUGCCACAACAUGACGAACCUCGUCGUCCAGAACUUCGCUGCCAAUGUCGCUCUGGCCAUCGGCAGCAGUCCAAUAAUGUCCAACAACGGCCUCGAAGCCGGGGAUCUCGCCGCUCUAGGUGGAAGUUUAGUGAUUAACAUGGGCACCACAACCCCUGAGAUCCGUGGCAACCACCUCAAAGCGCUUGUAGCCUACAAUGCAGUGGGUGGUCCUGUACUACUAGAUCCAGUCGGUGCUGGUGCAACUGCUCAAAGGCGAGAGGGUGUGAAGGCGUUGAUGGCAGGUGGGUACUUUGAUGUGAUCAAAGGCAACGAAGGCGAGAUCAGGACUGUCUCCGGCGCACAAGGAGUCAAGCAGCACGGUGUAGACUCGGGUGCAUCUCAGCUUGAGCUCGAAGACAGGAUCAAGCUUGUUCGUGGCACAGCGGCACGCGAGAGGAACAUCAUACUCAUGACAGGCACCAAGGAUGUCAUCAGCGAUGGUGAACGUACAUUCGUCGUCUCGAACGGCCAUGCAUUACUUGGUGAUAUCACGGGCAGCGGGUGUACAUUGGGCACAACCAUCGCAUCCGUGCUAGCUGUUGAGCGAGACGACAAGUUGCUUGCUGCUUUGAGCGGUAUACUAAUGUACGAGAUAGCUGCUGAGCGUGCAGCGGCACGAGACGAGGUCAGAGGACCAGGUACAUUCGUGCCAGCGUUCAUCGACGAGCUGUAUGCCGUACGGCAAGAAUGUGUACAGGGUUGUGAUAAGUGGAUCCAAGCAGCCAAGGUAGAGACUGUCUAG